AUGUCCGCUCUCCUCUACGUCCUAACAACCAUAACAUCCCCCUCCCUAACGCCAACAACCUACAACACCUGGUACGACACCGUCCACAUCCCUGAACUCCUCUCAAUCCCAGGCAGCCCCAACGCAGCGCAUCGCUACAAAUCCACAAACCCACGGAAUCAAAAAUGGCAAUUUUUAACACUCUAUCCACUCAAUGACAUCUCGUUUACGGGGGAUCCGGCGAUUCGGGAACGGGUCUCGUCGCAUCACCCUGUACUUCCGGGGGGAAAAUCGAUUUGGGAGCUUAUUGUGUUCGAGGGGAGGGAUUAUGUUGCUGUAAAUGGUGGUGAUGGGAAGGGAUUGCAGGGAGGAAAGAGGUGGAUUGUUACUGUUGAGAUUGGUGGGGGGGAGGAGGGUAUGCAAGGGUUGUUGGAUGGAGUAGAUGGAGGGUAUGCGAGGUAUAGGAUCCAUCGAGCACCGACUGCGAUGGCUGGUGCUAAUUCACCGGAGAUUCCUGUUCUAAAGGAACUGGUGAUAUUCGAGCUGGACAAGGAAGAAGACAUCGAGAGACUCAUUAGUGCCCUCCAACAAACCUCUGAACCUCUCCGAAUCAAUAUACAAUGCUCCUCCUGGGAGUCUAUCUAAUAUACACAUAUACAAAACAUCACAUUUACCAAUCCAAUCCAUCUUUCUUCUCAAUAACAUUCCCACCCCACCUCUCCCUCCAGACCCCCAUCUCCUCCCUCCACAAAUCCAUCACGCACGGAUCACACGAACUCCCGCAGCAUUCGCCCGGAACCGGUGGAUCAUUGUAGUCUCUUUCUGCGGCGCGGAUGAGUUGUUUUGUGCGCGUGCCGCUGGCGUGUUUUUGGGCCUUUUUGAUAGCCGGGAUAUCGGUAGGGUUGUGGUAGGCUGGUGUUGGUGGUGGUGGUUGUGGUUGUUGGCGGGUGAAGAGGGACGAGAGAAAUGAUGAAGUGGAGGAGA